GCUUCCCCCGUCGGGAUAGGGUUUUCAGUUCUUACUUCGAAGAUUUGCAGUUCGCUCUCAAUUCUGCGCGCUCUGCAUUUUGGUCUAUAAAGAAUCGCAAUUCAAUCAUUGUUCUAUUUUGGGGCAACUCGCGACUGCAUCGAAUAUAUCGACAGCGUCUUAGGUCCAGUUUGGAAUUGUCUAACUCUAACAAUGAGACGGCAGGGGCAGUACGGCGACCCUUCUGCCAAUACUUAUGUUGCUGCUGAGAUGCAUCAUGGGUCUGGUCAGAGGAUGGAAACCAAUUCUGGUAAUUUUGAAGGUAGGCUAGAGGCGUUCACUCCAGAGAGAGAGAAUCCAUCAUAUCCGAUUUCCAAGCCGGAGGGUCCGUGGAAAUGGGAAAUGGAUGCAGUAAAUAUGUCAAAUUCAAUGGCAUCUCGUUUGUUUAAUGAAGGUCAAGGGGGUGAUGCUUCAAGGUCAUAUUUUCAGGGUCAUAGGCCUGAUCCUAUGUUGGCUUUGCAGAACCAAAGCAGCAAUGAUGGCAGAUCUCAAGCCCGGGAAGAAGAUAUGGAUGUUGGAUACGAGGGAAAUCAUUUGUCUCAAACUUUUGAAGGUCUUGAGCAGAAGUUUAUGGACGAAAUUAUUGAUCUAGCUAAAGAACUGAAUGAUGCUGAAGAUUCAGAAAAUGCCAGACACAGAGAGAAAAUAAAAGCAAUAAAUGCUCGGUAUGAAGAAAAAUUGGCAGCACUUCGAGCUCAGCAUGCCAGUCGCAGAGAUGAAUUUCUUCAAAGGGAAUCACAUGCAAGACAACACCAAUACCAACAAACUAUAAGGGAUCCUCACCCUAGUAGUGGCAUGAUGCCCAGCCACAACCCUCAUGGUUAUGGCUCUGUUAAUACCUCAGCUGCUGCCGUUGGAGAUGUGCGGCGGGGUUAUUCUGGCAACCAAUUUGAUCCUUACAGAGAGCAGGCUCGAUUUCUUGGGGGCACAAGAGAUCAUGGAUUUGAACCUAGGGGUGCAUAUCCAGGGGGGCGUGUUUAUGAUAUUGGCUCGCGCUAUUACAAUUGAGUUGCCUAUAAUUUUAACUAGCAAAUUGGGUUUCAACAGUGGCUUUGCGUUGGUGCUGUUUAAACUGCCUAUAUUGACAUCUAUACCUACCAUCGUCCUUCUUUUUGUGCUCCCCUGUUUAUGGAUAUUAAGGUUUUUGUGUAGUUCUAUUAUAUAAAUCAACAUUUGGAGGCAUAAUUGGGAUUUAUAGAAAUCUUUGAUGUGGAUGCUCACAUCUGAAGUUCUUUUUAAG